UGACCCUGUUACAUUCUUUCUAGUUCUGGGAACUAUUCUUUUUUUCGUUUAUUCUUAACGUUCUUUAUUUUACGCUUCGGUAUAAUAUUCUUAUUAGGCAGGGCCUCUUUAGACUUUACAAUACGAUCUCUAUAGUUACGAACAAUCGUUAAUACCCAUAAUCCGACAAUAUGAAGGUUGAGACUAGUGCUGCUUUAUUCGCUCUCUUGAGCGUGGCAUCUGCCCGCCCUGAUGCCGUCAAGAUAUUCAGGAAGACCCACGCCCCUAUUGGCGCAUCCGCCAAGUUUAGGCGCGAGGUUCCUCAGGAGCAUUCCCACGAGAAGUUCCUAACGGGCGUCGGCCAGGCCUUGAAUUUGAACAAUGUUGACCAGGUCCAAGACCCUGUCUUCGCUCUCCUUGGAAACAAGGCCGCCGCUCAGGGUGCUGGCCAGGUUCAGGACUUGGACUGCCUCCAACAGCGAGUUGCCGACCAGGCUUUCACCAACGCCAAGGCUGCCAACGAUGUCGAGGGCAUGACUAACGCGUUGAUCUUCCGUGCUCUUGAAAGAAAUACUGGCUCAGUCGGUCUGGCCUCCGUUUUGUGCACGUCCGAAACCGCAAAGAACCCUGAGAUUGCUGCUAUCCAGCAGCAUCAGGACCCCGCCUCUUCAGGUGCUGCUGCUCUAAACAAGCAGAUCACCCUCGACCUAGCUGUCCAGCUUGCCUCUAUCGGCGCUGAUCCCCAGCUCGCCCUUCAAUCGGGAACCUUUGCUCCCGGUCAAGCUGGAGAUCAGACUGGCGCUGGCAACACUUGCGACGACGCGAAUGACACCGAGGGUUGCAUCUUUACCCAGAACCUCCUUGUCGAGGAUGCCACCGCCGAAGAGAUCGAUGCUGCCGUUGCUGCGGCUGGUGGCAGCGCCAACACCGGGAACAACAAUGCUGAUGCUGGCAACGCCGCUGACGAUGCCGCAGAUGAUGGAUGUGAGGCUGAUGACGGCACCGCAGAUGCCAACAACAAUGCUGACGACACUGCCGAUGAUGGAUGCGAGGCUGAUGAUGGCUCUGCUAAUGACACUUCGAACAACAAUGCCGGUAGCAGCAAUAACAACAGCGGAAACAGCACCACCGGAGGUACCGCUACAACCGGGACCAACGUCAACGCUUUCACUGGCAGCGUCGGCUCCGCCCCUGUUCCCGUAAUCAGCUCCACAGCUGACAGGCCCUUCUCCGUUAACGGCAACACCUUCCUGAAUUUAGGCGCCGCUAUCCAGCGUGCCUGCGACGUGCAGAAGAACGCUUGCGCCAACGCAGCCAACGGUGGCGACAAGACUAUCAGCGUAUCCGACUGCGACACCCAGCAGCAGCAGUGCGUCGCCCAGAACGGCAAGAAGCGCCGCCAGUCCGUUGACACCGGAUCCUGCGGAUCGCCCGCUAUCUCUUUCGGACAGCAGAAGGACCGUGGUGACGAGGAUGCGUUCGCUCCCGUGAACAGUGCCGACUUCAACCACGGAUCUGCUCUUAAGCCCGCUGUUAUCACGGACUUUAUCUGCAGCCAGCUCCAGAGCAAGUGCGGCGCUUCGGCAGCGACUGUUGCGCAAUGCCAGGAGGGUGCUCAAGCGGCAGAUUCGUUAAACGGACAGGCUGCUGCUGAUGCGUUUAAUGCCGCAUUGGGUGCGUAAGAGAAGAGGAUUGGGGACGAUGAGAGAGGAGUCUAUUUUGGUAAUAUAGGGGUUUAUGAUGGGUCGUAUAUUAUAUAUAUGGGAUGAGCGCUUUCAAUUCAAUGUGAUGUCUGUUUCGUGAUGAAUA